UUCAAAUUUUUUCAUUAUUUCGAUUAAUUGUAAACUUGUGUCACUCUUACGAACUAAAAAAAUAUUUAUGAAGCGAGUUCAUGUAGAUAAUUAUACUCCCAAGUACUACAGCGGUAAGUGGUCUUGGGAUACAAAAAAAGACAGCCUUCAUUUUGAGCCUCAUAGUGAUCUUGAGGAUGCGCGUGAGCGCUACAUAAUUACAAAUGGGUAUAAGUUUCUACGAACAAUCAAUCAAGAGGAAGAGCUGAUCUUCCGACAAGCGUAUGUUAGAGACGACAGCACCUAUGACUGCGACACAGUAGUUAUCAAUGACAUACGUGAUCUGGUGCUUUUUCUUAUGCCUAGUGAAUUUCUUACCCACCGGUUUGUGGAGUUCAUGCACCGUCCAGCAGUCCACCGAUUGAUUCAUGCUCUAAUAAUAUAUUUUGAGUACUUUCUUCGCCUUGUUGAGUUUGUACUCAUACGAAGGGAUGAACUAGCCGGACAAAUACAGAGUCAGCAAACAAUUGAAAUGAAAAAGACAUUUUCGAUCUAUUUAAGCCAAUAUAGAAUUUUGGUUGCACGCAACUAUAGUGUUAUUUUAAAAGGAGAAGGAGACAUGGCAGAUUAUUAUCACUUAAAAGAGAUAGUAAACAUUUCGGAUACUGGUAGAGACAAAAUUUUCCAUGAACAAUUUCUGGCUGUAAUUACUCAGAUGGUUUGGAUAUGUAUGCAUCGCCGUGCUUACAACAUUAUUGAAAUGGAAAUGAAUCGGCUUUUUCGUUCUGACCACUUUGUUAUGGCAAGACCUGAAUACCUAAGAUUUACUCCAGCAGAAAGAAGUUUACUUUAUGGCGGUAAUAAUAAGAUUGUUAACUAUCGAACUCAGGUGUCCCCUCUUAUUCAAGAACUGGAGCAUGUUUCAGAUGAGGAUAUGCCUAUAUUAUGGAUAGGGGAACGAAAGUAUCGCGGGACGGAUGUAAGAAUAGCCGAAAUGGAACUAGAGUACAUUGUACCCGGUCCUCAACUACGCAUGAUUGAUGUAGCUCAUGGCAUACUAGGACACCCCAAGCGUCUUUACAACACCAUUCUUGACUUGGACUGGCCAACUGUUCGCUAUUCCAACUUCUCUAUUCAAUACGAUCCUUAUCACAUAGUAAGGCAGCCUCAUUUGGAUAUCCCGAAAAUUGAUGCUGAUAGAAUGAGGAAGAUGAACGACCACUAUGAACACUUUUAUAAGGUAUAUCGCAUCUAUGAGCCGCAUAGCAUGCAGAUUCUGAACAAGUGGCUUAAACGGGACAAAUUAAUUCAGUUUUACCGAUCCGGAGGUCUACUCCUUACUAAUGUAGUAUCACGAUGCGAGAAAGAGCUCUCUUGUUCAACUUCAGGUCCCAAGGUUGAUCAAAUUAUCUCCAGCUACUUCAAAGUCAAAUCACGGCUGCGAAAGGGGUCACCUUACGCGGAGGACAAUGUCAGCAUUACGACUUCCAGAAUAGGGGGCUUCUCUUCACCACGCCAAAAAAAGGGUCCCACGGACUACUUUUUCGAUUAAUCGACAUGAAUUACCGACAAAAUAUAAAUGCACUAAAAUAGUUUCUAAUUGGAGCACGAUUUGAGUUAAAAUAUUUGGGCCAUAGAAAACACAAAUUUUAAGUUAAUAUGAAAAAUACGACAUGAAUUUCUCUAGCAUGUAUAAUUAUUGUAAAAGGUGAAAUAAACAAAUAUAAUAUA